GUAGUGGCCGCGUUCACCUGCUCCGCGGUGGGGGGGAGGCAGGGAGGAGAGGCGGCGGCGGCUCUGCGGGGUCGGGGUGAACGUAGCUGUGGCCUUCCACCGCCACCCUCGCCCACAGGAGUCCCUCGCUUAGUGUGCGGGAGGUGCUGCCCGGCCAGCCAGGCAGUCAUACACCGCUCCACUCGCCGCCGGCCGCCGACCCUCGACCUCUCCAUCCCCUCCCCCUCCCUCCCACCACCAUGUUCAAGAAGCUGAGGCAGAAGAUCAGCGAGGAGCAAGGGGCACGAACUGGUCCCCACCCGCCGCAGGUCCCUUCGAACUCCUCUUCACCAACUGGCAACAGAAGCAGGACCUCUUCGUUUACAGAUCAAAAUGAUGAAGGCACUUUAACACCAGACAAAGAGCUGCUAGCCGGGAUGAUAGCAGAACCUGCUUUUCUCUCUGAGUAUACUAUCUUUGCUUUGGAUCCCACCAAACAACCUAAGCCACAGAGUGACGGUGUGAACUUAACUAAACAACCACCUCCCAGAUCCACAGAAAACAAUGGAAGUGGACCAGCCUCCCCACAGCUGAGUGAUACUCAGUCUUUCGCCCAGAGGCUUCAGCUCCGAGUUCCCUCCAUGGAGUCUUUGUUUCGAAGCCCAGUGAAAGAGUCCCUGUUCCGCUCUUCUUCUAAGGAGUCCCUGGUAAGAACUUCUUCAAGAGACUCACUGAGCCGACUGGACUCGGACACAGCUGGUCCCACCUUGGAUCCACCUUCUGACAUUGAAAGUGAAACAGAAGAGCCUUCAGGAAACAUGGACAGCCUCAGCAAAGAGCAGCUGCUGCAGCGACUACGCAGGAUGGAGCGCAGCUUGGGCAACUAUAGGGGAAAGUACUCGGAGCUAGUGUCUGCUUAUCAAGUUAUCCAGCGGGAGAAGAAGAAACUGCAGGGCAUUCUGAGUCAAAGCCAGGAUAAAGCACUUCGCAGAAUUGAAGAACUGAGAGAGGAGCUCCAACUGGAUCAACAAGCUAAGAAACAUCUCCAAGAAGAAUUUGAUGCUUCCUUAGAAGAAAAAGAUCAAUUUAUUAGUGUCCUGCAAACUCAGGUAUCGUUGCUGAAACAGAGGCUACAGAAUGGUCAGAUAAGCACUGAAUUGCCUGAUCCAAAUACCCAAUCAGAACCACAAGUUCAGAAUCCAACAAAGGAAAUCAGUACAGAAAACACUGUGGAAGCAGGAAGCAAUGAGGGCCACGAAGAUUCUGUUAAAACUCUGGAGACUCUUGCUCAGAGGGUGAAGCGCCAGGAGAACUUGCUGCAGCGUUGCAAGGAGAUGAUUCGGUCACAUAAGGAGCGCUCUGCCCAGUUAACCAAUGAGAAGGAGGCACUUCAAGAGCAGUUAGAGGAGAGGCUUCAAGAGCUGGAGAAAAUAAAGGACCUUCACAUGGCUGAGAAGACAAAACUGAUUACACAGCUGCGUGAUGCAAAGAAUUUGAUUGAGCAGCUAGAGCAAGACAAGGGUAUGGUAAUUGCAGAGACAAAGCGACAGAUGCACGAAACAUUGGAAAUGAAGGAGGAGGAAAUUGCCCAACUGCGUGCACGGAUCAAAGAAGUGACUACAAAAGGCGAGGAAUUAAAGGAGCAGAAAGAAAAGUCUGACAAAGCUGCUUUUGAAGAGCUUGAGAGGGCUCUGAGUAUGGCCCAAAAGACAGAGGAAGCCCGGAAAAAGUUGCAGGCAGAAAUGGAUGAAAAAAUCAAAGCAGUAGAAAAGGCAAGUGAAGAAGAGAGGGUAAAUCUCCAACGGGAGUUAACCAGAGUGAAACAGGAGGUGGUUGAGAUUAUGAAGAAAUCUUCAGAGGAACGUGUUGCUGAGCUAGAAAACUUCCAUAAAAAAGAAUUGGCUACAAAAGAUGAGGAGCUAAGUGAGAGAUUGCAGGCCCAAGAAAAGGAAUUCCAGGAGAAACUGAAGGCAGCUCUUGAAAAAAAUCAGAGUGAGUGUUUAAAAACCCUUCAAGAAAAAGAGCAGCAGGAAUCUCUAGCCUUAGAAGAAUUAGAGCUGCAGAAGAAAGCAAUACAGUCAGAAUGUGACAAGAAAGUUGAGAAGAUGCAUGAAGAAAUAGAGUCUUGUAGAACUAGAAUUCUUGAACUGGAAAGCUCUCUGGCAAAGUACUCACAAGACGACAGAAAGCAGUCGGAGGAAUUAAGUACUCUGAUGGAGUCUGAAAAAAGGCAGCACAGUAAGGAAAUCAAUGAUAUGGUUGAAAAACACAAGAAAGAGAUGGAGAACCUCAAACAGCAGCAGGAAGAGCUCUGGACAGAAAAACUUGAAAUGUUAAAGCAACAGCAAGUAACUGAGAUAGAAAAAAUGAGGGAGAAACAAGAGCAAGAGGUAGAUGCAAUUCUGAAAGAGAAAGAAACAGCUUUCCGUGCACACAUAGAGGAGAUGAAUGAAAAAACACUAGAAAAACUGGAUGUGAAACAGACAGAAUUAGAAGCACUGUCUUGUGAGCUGUCAGAAGCACUAAAAGUACGCCAUGAUUUAGAGCAAGAGCUUUCAGAACUCAAUAGUAAAUUGUGUGAAGCAAAGCAAGAAUUGGAAGGGAAGUUGGAAGAAGAGAGGAAACGACACAACGAAAAGGUUGAAAUGAUGGUAAAAGAGCAUGAAAUGUCUAUUCAAGGUGUUGAGAAGGUACUCAAAGAGGAGCUCAACAAGCUCAAGCAGUCAUUGGAGGAGAAAGACAGACAUCUGGAGGAGCUAAAAGCACAUGAACAGAAACUAAAGGAAUCUGCAGAAAGAUCUGAAGCUGAACUUGUCCAAGUGUCUGCAAAGUUUGAGGAGCUUUCAGAGUCUCAGAGCAGUACUUCUCGUGAGCAGGCAAAGAUGUACGAAGAGGAAUUAGCAAAGCUGCAGCAAAAGCUAACAGAUCUUGAAGGUGAAAAAUUACAGCUUAGUGAGCAACUAGAAAGAACUGAAUGCCAGCUGAAUGAAGUCAAGAAUGAUUUAGGGGCAUCACUCUCUCAGGUACAUGAUCUGAAGCAGCAUUUGCAAGAGCAAAGCAAUGAAAAUACACAGAAAGUAACUUCUUUAACACAGCAACAUGAGUGUCAGGUGAAGGAUCUACAAAGAGAGACUGACGAGACAAAGAGAAGUCUAACUGAGAAGGAGAAUGAAAUCGAAUGCAUGAAGAAGUUACAGAGCAAGCAAGUGGAAGAGCUUAAUCAGAAACUGCUAGCUGCAGAGGAGAGAAUUACUGCCUUGCAGGGAGAAUAUGAAGGCAAACUGAAACGUCAAGAGAACAAAAUGGAGAAAAUCAAACAGAAAUCAAAAGAUAUGCAGGAAAGUUUCAAAAAGAAACUUGCUGAGCAGGAAGCUAAACUAAAAAAAGAGCUUGAAAACAAGCAACUGGAGUUCAGUCAGAAAGAGAGUGAGUUCAAUGCUAAAAUGUUGGAAAUGGCACAUGCCAGUUCAGCUGGAAUCAACGAUGCUGUGUCAAAAUUGGAGUCUAAUCAGAAAGAGCAACUAGAGAGUCUUGCUGAAGCUCAUAGAAGAGAACUGGAGGAAAUUACCUUGAGUUGGGAGAAGAAACUCAGUCAGCAGGUUGAAGAACUCCAGGAAAAACAUGAAAUGGAAUUGCAAGAGAAGGAGCAGGAAGUGGGAGACCUUAAACAGCAACUUGCCACCUUCAGUGCCGAGAAGGAGGGCUCCAGAAGCGAAAUAACCCGACUGAAGGAAGAGCAAGUGAAAAAGGAGGAGCUCCUGAAGGAACUACAAGAAGAACUAAGGCAGUCAGCGGCUAAGGUGAAUUCUUUGUCAGAUCGGGAAAGUGACCUGACAGCACAAUUGGAAAAACUGGAAAGUGAUCUUAAUCAGUCCCUGAAAGAGCAGACUGACCUUCAGGAGCAGCUCAGUAAACAGAAAGCAGUUGAAGAAACGGACAAGGCCAAAAUCAGUGAGCUGGCUGGUACUCUGAAAACACUUGAAGAGAAACUCCAAGCUCUGCAGUCUUCUCAGUACAAAGAUCAUGAGAAUUACAAGAAAAAAAUAGAGGCCAUUCAGCUGAAAGAAAAUGAGUUUAAAAGGCAGCUGGGAGAACUUGCAGCCCAGUUAGAUGCUUACACUAAGAAUGCUGAAGCUUUAUUGCAAAGAAAAAGUGAUGAAUUAAUUGAAAAAUGUAAUGAAAAACUCAGCCUUGUGACAUCUAAAAUUGCAGCUUGCGAGAGGCAAACUGCGCAAGUUAAGGAAGCAAUAGUAAGUAAAGUGAGUAAGAUUCCCGAGCUAGAAGCUCAGCUUGGAGAAGUAAGAGAGCACCAUUCUGCUGCAAGUGCUUCUUUGCAGAAGUCAAUGCAACAGCUGCAGGAGAAAGAUGAUUUAAUUGUCUCCAUGAGAGCGGACAUCGAAGGGCUUGUAACAGAAAAGGAACAACUGCAAAAAGAAGGAGGUCAUCAGCAGCAAGCAGCAUCAGAAAAGGAAAGCUGCAUCACACAGCUGAAGAAAAAGUUGUCUGAAAAUAUCAAUGCUGUCACCUCAAUGAGGGAGGAGCUCCAGGAAAAAGAAUCUGAUAUCUCUGCUCUCAACAAAACAAUUAAUGAUCUUCAUGUUAGACUUGAAGGCAUGGUAAGUUUAACGGAGAAGGAGGCAGCCGUGUCUCUGUUAAGCAAGCAACACCAAGAGGAGCGGUUGCAGCUGUUAAACCAGGUUCAGGAGUUGUCAUCCAGAGUUGAGACACUAAGUCAAGAAAAAGCAUCAGCUCUUGAGCAGGUAAAUCAGUGCACAGGCAAGCUGGCAGAAUGGAAGGCGAAAGCACAGGCUAAGCUCACACAAAAUCAUGAUACUAUUAAAGAUUUGCAGAGCAAACUUGAAUUAAGCAAUAUUGAAGCCAAUCAAAAAGAUGAAGAGUUAAAUAAACUGAAGGAGCAGCUGGCCAAACAAAGCAAGAAUCUCGACAGUUUAAAAAGUGAACUGGAACAGAAGCAAAGCCAGAGGGAAAAGAAAGAAAGUGGGUUGAUGGUAAAGUUAAAAAGCCAAGCAGCAAGAAUUGUUGAACUAGAAAAGAAAAUUGCUGAGAAGACCUCAGAAAAUGAUUCCUUGAUGGAGGAAAUGAAAAAGUGUCAUGAACAGAAGGACACAGAGCAGAAAGAGAUAGCUCGGCAACUUCAGCAGGCAGAGAAGGUGGCUUCUGAAAAGGACAAUAGAUACAAGGAGGCAGAAGAAAAAGUGUUUCAUCUUGAGAAGCAAAUAGGUUCACUGAAAGAUGAAUUUGAAGCGAAGGAGAAGGAAUUUGAUCAGACUAAGUCAGAGCUGCUUAAAAGGAAAGAGGAAGAAAUGAAAGAAUUACAAGAUAGACUGAACGCAGAGAACGGCACUAAGCUGGCAGAUCUGAAAAAGAAAGCAGAGCAAAGAAUCAUUUCUAUUAGAAAACAAUUGAUGUCCCAGAUGGAAGAAAAGGAACAAGAACUUAAGCAGGAUAGUGAAAAACACAUCAGAGACUUGGAACAAAAAGUGCAGGAGAGAGAGGCCAAAAUUGAGUCCUUAGAAGAAAAAAUGAAGUUAACGAGAGAUCCUGCAGAGCUGGAGAAAGAAAUGCUGCAAAAAGUAGAAAGUAUAAAAGCUGCUGUAGAACAAGAAAAGAAAAGUAUGCUUCAGAGUGUCCAGCAGUCAUAUGAAGAGAAAAUGUGUGAGCUACAGAAGGGCUUAGCUGAGAGAGAUGAAUUACUGCAGAAGUAUGAAAAGGAGCAACAGGAGAGUAGUGACUCUCAUCUCCAGCUGCAAAACAAACAGGAAGAACUCCUUAAAAAACUAGAAUGUGUGGAGAAGAGCCACCAGGAGGAGCAGAAUAGAGCUGAAAGCCUCAAGAAAGAACUCGAGGAGCAAACCAAAAAAUACUCCUUGUUAGCAGAGGAGCAUGCACACUGUGGUGGUGAUUUAGCAAGCAGCAGGGACAAGUUAAAAGCUAAAGAGCAAAAGCAGCUCGAUAUAGAGAAUGUCACUGGAGAUUUCCAGAAGAAAUUGCAGGCAGAGACGGCAGUUUAUCUUCUAGAAGAGAGAUUAAAAGAGUUGGGAAACCAUCUAGUGGAGGAGAAUGAAGCACAUAAGGCUGAGAUUGAAGGUAUGACUUUCAGAUACGAAGAGAAGCUACAGAGUUUACAGCAGCAGUUGGACGAAAGAAAUGACAGCCUGAAAGCUUUUGAGGGAAAUGCUGAAGCGAAAGCUAAGUCUGAUUUAGAGCUGCAGAAGUUACUAGAGGACAUGCAGAACCAGCAGAAGGACCUGCAGUCCAAAGUGGAAGAGGCUGAAAGGGAGAAACAGAAACUACGCAAAGAAGUGAAUAACCUUCAGAAGGACUUGCGCGCUCUGCGGAAGGAGCACCAGCAGGAACUUGACAUAGUAAAGAAGGAAUCCUUAGAAGAAAUGGAGCAAAAAAUCAGAUGUGAACAAGAAGACAUCGAGUUAAAGCACAACUCCACCUUAAAGCAGUUAAUGAGAGAGUUCAAUACUCAGCUGGCUCAAAAAGAAAGAGAAUUGGAAACAGCAGUGAAAGAGACAAUCAGUAAAGCCCAGGAGGUAGAAACAGAACUGAUAGAAAAUCAUCACAUAGAGACAACACAGUUGCAUAAAAAAAUUGCUGAAAAGGAUGAUGAUCUAAAAAGAACUGUGAAAAAGUAUGAAGAAAUCCUUGAGGCUCGUGAGGAAGAGAUGACAGCAAAAGUUUGUGAGUUGCAAGCACAGCUAGAAGACUUGCAGAAGGAAUACAAACAGAGGACAGCAGAAGAGGAACGCUGGAGCAAUGAAAAAGUCACAAUAACAGAACUUCAGGCACAGCUUGCACAGAAGACAACACUAGUGAAUAAUUCCAAACUGAAAGAGCAGGAGUUCAAAGAACAGAUUCAUGUGCUGGAAGAUCGGCUGAAAAAUUACGAGAAGAAUAUGUACAUGCCAUCAGUUGGAGCACCAUACAGAGAUGGGAACCUUCACCACACUGAUAUUUCCCUCUUCGGAGAGCCUACUGAGUUUGAAUACUUGAGGAAGGUGCUCUUUGAGUACAUGAUGGGCCGUGAGACAAAGACAAUGGCCAAGGUUAUAACGACAGUGCUCAAGUUCCCAGCAGACCAAACUCAGAAGAUACUAGAACGAGAAGAUGCUCGACCACUGUCAUGGCUACGACCAUCUUGAAGAAGCUGCGAAUGAGAAUGUCUCAUGAGACUGCUGCUUAGAAAUGUUUGUGUCUCUGUUGUCCCUGAGAAAGGACAAGAAGAAAUGCUCUUCUUCAAGGCCACGAAUGGAACAGCAAGAACCAAAACUCAGCACCACCUCUGGACCAUGAGUAUAGUUAAAACUGCCUUGAGAAGAAACACUAUAAUCAGGGGUUCUCUGGUGAUGAGUCUCUUUGCUCUUCUAUCAAACGCCGUCUUUCUAUUUUGUGUUAAAGGUUAUUUUUGUAAAGGAGAGAAAAGACUUUAUCCCAGGAAGGAACUGCCCACUGCUGGAUCUCUAUCCAGGCUUUACUGGGUGUUUUUUAAGAGCUGAAGUAAAAGGUUUGUUUCUUCUAUUUAUUUUUUUAUUUUUGAAUGAAUUGUGCAAUAUAUUCUUGGGUGGGUAGCAGUUGAGGUGAUUUUCCUGAUGAACUUAGGCACUCUUAAUGACUACUCCCAAUCUGAUCUGAUGCUUGUUUGCUAAAGGUCACUUCUGUAUGCUUUUGCCUACAAUAAAUCCAAAUUGCAGUACCUCAUUUGUUUACUCCUAGCUUUUGUACUUAUAUUUUCUGGAGAAAUAGUAAUGACUGUAAAUUGUAAAUAGUUAAUACAGAACUGUACCAUAUGCUGGUCUGUGACUGUUGACAGCACUAACCUGAUGAGAGGCUGAGAUGAAAUAAAGUUUAUUUACUGUAUAA